AUGCGUUACGAUCGACUAAUGGCGCGACGUCCCGAUUAUUUGCUUUUUAUGGGGAAAAAGGCCGAAUUGCUCAGACUAUCCAGUAAUAUGGCAUUAUGCCUUCGGAAGAAAAGAAUUCGUAAUCGCAGUGAUAUAAACGCGGCCAAUCUCACCAAUCACGAUUUCAUCCACGGGUUAGUGCAACACGAUGAAGCGUAUCAAGUUCUCGCUGGCGUUCGAAACUCUUGUACGCAUUGGCAUAAUGAGAAACAGAAGGUACCGGCAAUGGUUACACAGUUUGGGCUGCCAACAUUCUUCCUAACUAUUUCAGCGGCGGAGACGUAG